AUGGAGUGCCGAGGCGUCAGCACUGCACGGGGAGGACGGGCAACCCCUGCCCCCCGGGAGGCUCAGCUCCGUCAGCGUCCCGUCACCUGCCUGGAUGGGCACGGCCAGCACAUCACCAUCUUCAGACCCUCGCCUUUGGUGCCAGAGAUGCGGGAACUAGGUCAGCCCAUCCAGGUUGGAGGUGUGAGGGCUUCCCAAGGAAGCAGAGAUACAGAGGAAAGUUUGGAGAUGCACAGCCUGCAGCUUGGGGCAGAGACCCCAUCUCCAGACUUCCCCGAUGACCCUCCUUUGUACUCAGGCUUGAGCACAGAAACCAGCACCGUGCCCAUGAUCCUGGGUUACUGGGACAUCCACGGGCUGGUGCACGCCGCCCGCCUGCUCCCAGAGUACACAGACUCGAACGAUGAGGAGAAAAAGAACACGAUGGGGGACGCUCCCGACUACGACAGAAGCCAGUGGCUGAGUGAGAAAUCCAAGCUGGGCUUGGACUUCCCCAAUCUGCCCUACUUAAUUGACGCGGCUCAUGAGCUCACCCAGAGCAACGCCAUCCUUCGCAAGCACAACUGUGGCGAGACAAAGCAAGAGAAGAUUCGCGUGGACGUAUUGGAGAACCAGGUUAUGGAUGUCCGCUUGUACACGGCCAGGAUCUGCUACAGCUCUGACUCUGAGAAACUGAAGCCUGCAUACUUGAAGGAGACCCCUGAAAAGAUGAGGGUCUUCUCAGAUUUUCUGGGGAAGAGGCCUUGGUUUGCAGGGAACAAGCUCACCUAUGUGGACUUCCUGGCUAUAACAUCUGAUGUGCACCGCAUAUGUGAGCCCAAGUGCCUGGAUGAAUUCCCAAACCUGAAAGACUUCAUUUCCCAUUCUGAGGGCCUGAAGAAGAGCUCUGCCUACAUGAAGUCCACUCACUUGCCUCCAGGCCCUCUGUUUCUAAAGAUUGCUAUGUGGGGCAACAAGUAG